UUUUCUGAGUCCAAAAAAAGCAACAAAAUUUGGAGGCAUGCGGUUCUGUACACAACUACAAAAUUGGUUUUCAAGUUAAAGAAAAUUGGAGAUCCCAAACUGGAAAUGCUUUUCUGUGAAAAGCCACAAUAAGCUAUCAUAAAGUCACAAUUUUAAUAACGGCAGAAUCAAUUGAUAGAGAAGAUAACAUGAAGACUAGGCCGUCACUAUUUUUGCUAAUCCCACUAAUUGUUCGUGUAUGUGUAAAUGCGGUUGCCUCCCUCUUCAUUUAUUAAUAACGAGGAGCUGAGACGCGGUGCGCGCGCAUUCACCUCACGUGCGUGUGACAUCACGUGACCAAAGAUAAAAAAAUAAAAGAGACACCCACGCACUCCCCACCCGCUGCCUGCUUUUACUCUUACCGACCGUCCUCAUCUUCGUCAACAUGCGAUAAAACAGCAGGCAAGUGAUCACAAAACACUUUCUAACACGGCAAGUCCCUUUUGAAUUGACUUAUUUUGGGGGCUGUCAACAAAAAUGGACAAGCGCCAGGUCAAGACUUUCUGCACACCAUCCCACUGAACCUCUCUAGCAGCCAUGAAGCUGCAUGGACUGUCUGGGGCCACAAUGAGUGCGCUGACCACAAUCGUGCCAUACCUGGGCUCCAACGACGCCAUCUAUGACGACGGUCCCGCCAAGCCUGGAUUCCACUCAGAAAAAAUGCACUCUGCAUCCAUUAGUGUCACAAACAAGGUCAUUUACAGCACAGAUGCGACCAUUUUCCCCACUAACAUGUCAGACAUUCUGUUGAGUAAUGACACUGAUGGGAUGGCGGCGCAGUGCGGGGAGAACUUUGUGGACAACUUGGAGUGCUUUAUGAUCCUGACUCCUGGCCAGCAACUGGCCAUCGCUAUCUUGGCCCUCACUUUGGGUUUGUUUACAGUGCUGGAGAACCUGAUGGUGCUGUGCGUCAUUCUACAUUCGCAGAUGCUACGAUCCCGACCGUCCUACCACUUCAUAGGAAGCUUGGCUGUGGCGGACCUCAUCGGCAGCAUCAUUUUCGUCUAUAGUUUCUUGGACUUCCAUGUCCUGCACAGGAAGGACAGCCCCGAGGUUUUCCUCUUCAAGCUGGCCGGCGUCAUUGCCUCUUUCACCGCCUCUGUGGGCAGCCUCUUCCUCACCGCCAUCGACCGCUACAUCUCCAUCCACAGGCCCAUGGCGUACAAGCGCAUCGUGACCAAGACCAAAGCAGUAGCGGCCUUCAGUCUCAUGUGGGGCGUGUCCAUAGUGUUUGCGCUGCUGCCCCUGCUGGGCUGGAACUGCAAGCGCCUCAACUCGGUCUGUUCAAACAUUUUCCCCCUCAUCGACCGGAAGUAUCUGAUGUUCUGGAUCGGAAUGACCAGCGUCCUGCUGCUCUUCAUCAUCUACGCCUACAUGUUCAUCUUGUGGAAGUCGCACCACCAUGCUGUGCGCAUGCUAAGCCGCACAUCCCAGAGGAGCAUCGUUGUCUACACAGCGGAGGGCACCAAGGUUCAGACGGCGAGGCCCGAGCAGGCCCGCAUGGACCUCCGCCUGGCCAAGACCCUCGUGCUCAUCUUGGUGGCCCUCAUCCUCUGCUGGGGGCCGCUCUUAGCCAUCAUGGUUUACGAUCUCUUGGGAAAAGUGGAUGACUUCAUCAAGACCGUAUUCGCUUUCUGCAGCAUGCUGUGCCUGUUCAACUCUACCGUCAACCCCAUCAUCUACGCCAUGAGGAGCAAAGACCUGCGCAGAGCUUUCGGCAACAUCUACCGCCUGUGCCGGGGAAGCGAGCAACCUCUGGAUAACAGCGGGGAGAGCGAUUGGAACAGCAGGAGCGUCAGGACCAAAGAUAGCGGAGGCAGUGGGGCGAACAGCCGAGUGAAAGUGGCCCAAGUUUCUAUUUCUGGAGUGACGGAUACAACUUCAGGUGCAGAUUCAGUGUGAGGGCCUUCUGAUUGUGAAGUCGGAAGCCGUUCACACUGAAGUGUGCCAUGAAUAUUGUGUAGGAUGGACUGCACCUCCUUGUGCACUUGAUUUUGACUGAAGCGUGCCAAAGAGUGACUUGUGAUUCCAACAUAUUCACUGUAAGUUUGCUCGGAUGAUGAGCUCUGGAGCUGUUGUUUUAGGCCCAGCAAGCAUUAAUUAGUAAGAUUUUUGUAAAAUUUCUUGCAUUAAUUUCGCCACUUCUCCUGUAAAAUUUAUUGCAUUAAUUCUAUCCCGUUAGGUUGCUUCGGUGUUCCUUAUGAAUAAUGAAAUGUGCUUUGUCGUAUAGCUUUCAUUCUUAACCAUUUUAGGAGUGACCACAUUUAUUGCUGUUGCAUAUCACAGGUGUGGGAAACUAUUUUGCAACCAUGCACACAUUUUCUACCACACUUACCCUGUCGUGGAGAGACAGAAACUAUCCCAGCUAGCAUCAGGCAAAAGUCUAAUGCUUACAUUAUUUAUUUAUUUAUCUAUUUAUUUAUUUAUUUAUUAUGAACAUUAGUGGGUUAAACGUUUUUGUUUUUAGAAUUGUAUGGCAUACAGGAUCAAUGCUGUCCCCACCACAUCAUAACAGCAAUGGCAAUAGUGUGGCCUUGGACAGCCCCUCCAAAAUAUUCAAUGAAAAAACGCAUUUCUAAACUACUAGAUAGAAGGUAGCAGCUGUGACAUUAAAGCAGCCGUGGGUGGUUAUGUAAGAUGUUGUAAUGUUUGGCUUUUCACCACGCUGUUGUUUACUGUAGAAUUCUGGUGUGUGUUCUAAGAAGCAAAAACUGAAACAUGUCUGGCUUUUUUGAGAGCAGAAAAUAGUUGUAGCUCUGUCAGGGAUGUU